AUGUCGGCCGACCUAGAUCGCCAGAUUCGUGCCAUUUAUGAGGCCCUUGACACUGGUUCAAAUAAGUUUGCUAUCCUAGCAUGUAACAAGGUUUUGAAAAAGCAGCCCAAGAUUGAACUCGUCAAGGCUCUCAAGGCUCUCGCUCUGGUUCGGUCACAGAAAGUAGAAGAGUCGCUCUUGCUCUGCGAUGAGAUCCUAGCGGCAAGGCCAGCAGAUGUGGCAACAUUAACUGCCAUGAUGCACGUGUUACGUGGACUAGGUCGACACACGGACAUGGUAACAAUGUACGAGGAGGCGUACAAGCAGCAACCCAAUAAUGAAGAACUGGGCUCUCAGACGUUCUUUGCGAACGUGCGGAUCGGGAACUGGAAAGCAGCACAACAGAUUGCAACCAAAAUGCACAAGCAGUUUCACGAUGACCACUACCUGUAUUGGAGUGUGAUGAGCGCUGUGCUCCAGGCAAAUGAUCCUGCCACCCCACCGAACUUCCGCGACGUUCUCUACAAGCUCGCCCACAGGUUGCUCACAUCAUCAACCACUCCCUCUUACUACAGCUCAGACCGGUUCUAUCUUCACCUAGUUGUUCUACGGGAGCUGAAGCUGUAUGAUGAUGCGUAUACAAUGCUUGAACACGAGGCCGGCAAGGCCGUCUGCUCAGUCAGUCUAGCAUGUGACGAUUUGCGGCGAGAAGUCUGGAAGGCGAAAGGUCUAUGCAAGGAGGAGGGAGCUCGGGCGAAGGAGCGAAUUACAGACGCGAAGGUCCGCAACUGGCUCGAAUUCCUGGCUGUGUUAGAUGCUACAUUCUGGGACGUGACCUCCGAACUUUCAGAUACCGAUACUACUAGGGCUGCAUGUGCGGAAGAAAUCUCCAAGACUCGAAAAUUUUUCACUCAGGUGGCGGAGCAAGAUGGUCUGCAUGAUCGCUCCGGUCCCUUGGCGUUGCUGGAAUUGGAGAGGCGGGCGAGAAUGCACGGUCUAUCACAAGAACCCUCUGAACUAUUAAACCUCCUGAAGCAGUACUUUCAGCAAUUCGGUGACAAAGGUUGCUGCUAUGAAGAUCUGAGGACAUAUGUCGAAUUGGAAGGUGACGAUCUUUCGGCGUGGACAUCGUUCUUAGAGUCUCAAACUUCCAUGGACACGCUCUCGGAUCUAUCCCGCUAUAUCAAUGCCCAAAAAUUGGCACGCUACAACCUCUGUGGAGCUCAAUUGACCCCGGAGUUGGAAGCUGCUCGUGCGCAGCAGUACCUUCAUGUGUACCUUGAUGCUCUCAAAUUUGGGAAAGAUUUCCCAGAUACUGAGAGGCAACCAGCAGACGAUAUUGCUGUUCUUGCUAGCCACGUCUAUGUUGACUUGUGGAAAUCCACCAGUCAGGUGGCGUUUUUGUAUCAGGCAGCUGCAGUAUUGGAAUACGCGAUUGGUCGGAGCAAAGACUCGUACCCACUGCGAUUAUCACUCGUCCGCAUAUACAGACUGUUGGGUGCGCCGUCCUUGGCUCUGGAGCAAUACAGGGCGGUGAAUGUGAAGCAAGUUCAAUGCGAUACACUCUCGCACUUCAUCUUGUCGCGAGCCUCUAUAUUCUCAUUGUCGUCUAUUGGGGAUCUGACGUACUCGUCUGAGUGUCUUGAAUCGAGUCAGAUCUAUCUAAACAACUCUCAAGAGACUGCGGAAUUUAUCGUGCGAGCAUUCAACGCAGAGAAAUACACGCAAAUCCCAGAGUUCAUCCUCUUCGAGGAUCGACUCGACAACUCUCUGCAGCGAGACCUCAUCAAGGUCGAACAUGUCCGGAUGCGACUAGCUCAUGAGCAAGUAAAUUCCGACCUUAUUGACAUGGAGCUCAUCGAGCUGAAAUUCAUCUUCGACCGCUUCCACCACGACAACCGGGAUCUCAGCAUUCUCCCCAACUACCAACCGCGUUGCCACCCAUCCUUUGACCAACAAACCCUGCUGUUUGACAGGUUACCAGGACUGGGUUGGUUGUGGGUUUUCUUGAAAAUCUACAUCAGAGCGCUGCAACUCGCCAGCGAUCUCGAUGACUCGGUCGAGGACAAACUGUUGAUCGGUGAUCGUCCGAAACCAAGUAUUGAUCCCGAAAACAAGCUCCCGCUGAAAGAGAGGCUAGUCAGGAGGAAGCAGGAGGAACUGGAUGAGUUGACCCCUGACGAGCUGACGUUCCUUGAAUUUGCUGCUGUUUUGGGAGAUUGGCUUGCCCCUUACCAUGAUUACAUCCGGCCACCGCCUUCUGCGGUCCUUGCGGAAGCGGCCAAGCAGACCGAGCUGAAGACAGGUCAUCCUCUCAAGGGUGUCGAGCUUCCUCCCAAAGGCGACGCUGCAAAUGGACACACGAAGAAGGAAGAGGAUCCUCCUGCUGCCACAGAACCUCCAGAGCUUGUAACAAAGUUCUUCGAUGACAUGGCUGCUCGCUUCAGGGAGGUUAUAGAAGGCAAGCGUCUACCUUACGAGGUCCUUCAUGUAGCCACCCUGACACAAGAGGCAUUGAUCCUUCUUACCAUUGAAACGCAACGAUUUAAACCGGCUUCCGUCGUGAAGAUGAACAAACUAGGGGCGAUGGUGCAAAGUUUCAAGGAUAUCCGCAUAAAAGCUGCCGCAGUGCUGAGUGAGAUGUCUGCGUCGCUCAUCAAGCUAGGCGACACGGAUGCCACAGUCGAGGGUAGAAAGGCCUUUGUAGAUGCAUGCAAGCCUGUCUGGGGUCCCUCUGAGCUUGAUCACGACUUUGUGUCCGGAGUAUCGAAAAAAGUAGGGGAUGCUCGCAAGCAGAUACUGGAGGGCGUUGGCAAAGGCAUCAUCCGGGUCUGCAAAAAUCAUGUUUGA